GUUUUCCUGCCCACACCCACAGGAUGGGAGCUCUUUAACAGAGUCGGGUGGCAGAAAACCUUGGGCAAAAAAAGGGAGAGCUGUGAGGCUGUUUCAGAGCCUGGAAGAGCCCGAGAGACAGCGGGAGUGGGAGUGGAAUAGCAAAGGAAUGCAAGAGGGAAAACGGGCGAAAGAAUAGGUGGCCAAGAAGGUCUGGGUUCCUCCUCCUCUUCCUCCGCCCCGCCUUUCCUCCCGUACAGAGGUAAAGGCACGUGGCCUGUAACUGAGGGUCUGCGCAGGAACAAGCCCUCAGCCGCCCCCGAUCGUUUCCAGCCCUGAAGCCUAGGGACGCCGUGGUAGGGACCGGGCAGGCCUCCAGGUAUCCUCAACCAUACGGCCGGAGGCGGGGACUGAGUUGCUGGGAAGUGGGCCUCCUCCCCACGGACGCCACUGGGGGGCUGGGUUCUAGGUUUCGCGUCUUCUCCUCCGCCCCUCCUCCGCAGUCCCCCCCCGGGUUUCCCAGAGCUCGGGGCGGAGCUGGGGCCCUAAUUUCUGCCCACCUCCCUCCUACUCCCGAUCCCGCGAAGAGCCCCGCCUCUCUCAGCCGGAGGGUUUCUCUGAAAAUGAAAGGAGCGGGCAGGGGGUGGGGAUCGUGCGGGGUAGCUCCGCCCCCACGCAGCCCCGCCCCCCGGGGCGACCGGAGCUGUGGGCGCCGAGCUUCCCCAGUCCCCGCGGCGCCGCGGGCUGGUGGGCUCGGCUACUGCUGCUCCGCCCGGGACAUGACACUCCCCGGUGGCCCGACGGGCAUGGCGCAGCCGGGGGACCCCGGGCAUGGCAGCCCAGCGCUGGCUCGGGCCCCGCGGCGGAGCGUCGGGGAGUUGCGACUGCUCUUCGAGGCUCGGUGUGCUGCUGCCGCGGCCGCAGCAGCGGCCGGGGGCCCUCGGGCUCCCCGGGGUAAGCGGCGCGGGGGACGGGUCCCUAAUGGGCUGUCGCACCCGGCCCCCGCCCCAAUUCCGACCCCGGCCCCAAUUCCGACCCCGCCGGCCCCAGUCCCGGCCCCAGUCCCGGCUCCGGCUCCGGUUCCAGUCCCGGCUCCGGCUCCGGCUCCAGUCCCGGCUCCGGCUCCGGCUCCAGUGAUGAUCCCCCAAUUGACCGUGACUGCUGAGGAACCGGACGGGGCUCCGUCGAGCCCCGGGCCUCCGGAGCCAGAGGGAGGCUGUCUCAAGACCGCGGGCUCCACGCACCUGCAGCAGCCGCGCCGCCUCUCUACCUCGUCCGUUUCCUCCACCGGCUCUUCGUCGCUGCCCGAGGACUCCGAGGAUGAUCUGCUGAGUGACAGCGAGAGCCGGAGCCGCGGCAACGUGCAGCUGGAGCAGAGCGAAGAAGUGGUCCAGAAAAACCCCUGGCAGAAGAUCCGAACUAUGGUGAACCUGCCGGUGAUCAGUCCCUUCAAAAAGCGCUACGCCUGGGUACAGCUGGCGGGUCACACGGGGAGUUUCAAGGCUGCAGGAACAAACGGGAUCAUCCUGAAGCGCUGUUCGGAGCCGGAGCGCAGCUGCCUCGCGAGCCUGAUGAGCGACGCGCUGCGAGGCUGCGUGCCCACCUUCCACGGCGUGGUGGAGCGGGACGGCGAGAGCUACCUGCAGCUCCAGGACCUGCUAGCCGGCUUCGACGGCCCCUGCGUGCUCGACUGCAAAAUGGGUGUCAGGACCUACUUAGAAGAGGAGCUCACCAAGGCGCGAGAGCGGCCCAAGCUUCGCAAGGACAUGUACAAGAAGAUGGUGGCUGUGGACCCCUCUGCCCCCACCGAGGAAGAACACGCGCAGCGCGCCGUGACCAAGCCUCGCUACAUGCAGUGGCGGGAGGGCAUCAGCUCCAGCACCACGCUGGGCUUCCGCAUCGAGGGCAUCAAGAAAGCCGACGGCUCCUGCAGCACGGACUUCAAGACGACCCGAAGCCGGGAGCAGGUGAUUCGGGUGUUCGCCGAGUUCGUAGAAGAGGAUGCCGAGGUCUUGAGGAAAUAUCUGAACCGACUGCAGCAGAUCCGGGACACUCUAAGCGUGUCAGAGUUCUUCCGGAGACACGAGGUAAUCGGCAGCUCCCUCCUCUUCGUGCACGACCACAGCCGUCGAACUGGCGUGUGGCUCAUCGACUUCGGCAAGACCACCCAGCUGCCUGAUGGGCAGACUCUGGACCACAGGCGGCCCUGGGAAGAAGGCAACCGAGAGGAUGGGUAUCUACUGGGGCUGGACAAUCUCAUCAGCAUCCUGGCGAGCCUGGCGGAGAGAUGAGGCUGGUCCCGUCCCCACCCCAGAGUUCCUCGGGCCGCCGUCGGAUAGACCCGCCGCGGCUGCUGCCGCCUCUGGUCUUGCAUGCACAGGACUUAAGGAAUCCAGGCUUGCGACCCCGAGGAUUCCGAGAUAGACCCUGCCGUUCUCCCGGUCUGCCCCGGGAGGGGGGCCUGCUGAUUGACUGAUGGCUAGGAGUGUACAUAUGCCAGAGCUCCGGCCCUCCUAAAGAGGAAUGACACUAAUCGGGAGGAAAGGAGCAGGUUUCUUUCUUCCUUCUUUCCCUUGCCCGUCCCUAGGAGAAAGGGACUGCUGCCGAACCCUGCGGGUAUGGGGAGGGUGGGGGAAGGGAGCCGAUUUGGGAGUUUUAUUUCACAACUGACCUGUAUCGUGCGGCCUUUCAACACUAGGGGGAAGGGACUGGGUGAAUUUCUCUUUCCCUUCCCUCUCCAAUAAAACUCACUGAGGAA